UCCAGAUUCAUGUUAGAAUCAGAAAAUUACUGAGGAGGAAGAGUGAAAAGGAAGGGUGUUUGAAGUGACUGAUUUUUUUAGCUGGAUGCUCAAAUCCAUGCACACAGUUCAACAGGGGUAUUAAGAGCACAAUAUCCUUAAAGGAAAACAGCUCUACUCCUGUGGCUAUUGGAGCUCACUUACAAGGAUCUGUUGUUGCUGGGUGGAACAGGCUAAUGUUGCUGCUGCUGCUGUUGCUGCUUCUGCAUUGGGAUGAGUUCCUGUUCCAGAUUGUGCUGACUCAUAUACGAGAAAACAUGAUGCCCAGGCAUAGAGCACUGUAAGUCUUUUUCCCCUACCAGUCUCGACUCGUUCUGUAGUUCAUACAGCAAAUGGCUGAGGAGGUAGGUUUGAUGUCCGGAGAUGAAGAGGAGACACAAAUUAAUGAUGGUGAAGAUUCGUUUCAGACUUGUCACGCCCUAACCACAGCUGACUGCUGCUCUACAGAGCCUUUGCAAGGUAGCUCUAAUGAAGAGAAGGAAAGGUCAAUAGUGCCAGCAAGAUUGUCUGUUCUAUCUAGCAAGGCCAUAGCAUGUGAAAAAACCCUCAUUGGACACCAAUUCAUUGCUCAUAACAAGGUACAAAACAUAGCCCCUGGGUUCACAGAGUAUCAUUCAACAGAUGCAAAUAUGCCAUUAGCUGCCUCAUCUUAUCCUGUGGCGAUUUGUAAGCUGAUGCCAGUAGACACCUCUUCUCCCUGUUCAGAAAGCCUUCUCUGGAACUCCAAUCAGAAAUCUGAAGAGUCACAGCUUUCAGGUGCUGCUAAAGAGUCUGCUCUCCCCCAAAAUCUUGCUUCACUGCUAGUAAGUGGGUUCAGCUGCUGUCGCACAUGGAACUCCAAAACAGAGCUAACUUUGGAAGGUCCAUUGAAAGUUUGGACCCCCUGUAGCCUGAGUCAGACUAUUUGGAUGAAAACUAUGAAAGUAACAGAGACCAUUGAAAAACAAAAGCAGGAAGAAAAGGAGAGAUACCAACUUCAGCUAGCUAUGUAUCGGAGGCUUCUGCUGCUGCGCUCCAUUAGAAGUUUGCAUAAGCAGCUCGAGCAGCAGCAAGCCAGGCUGCAGGAAUGUUAUGGUAUGGUAAUAAAUACCAAAAAAGAAGUGUUGAAACACAUUCGCUCAACCUCACCCUCACCCUCACCAUAAUCUUGUUGCUGCAUGCAGAGAUAAGCUAUGUUAUAUCACCAAAGCUAACAGCAAAUUAGUGGACAUGGAUGGUAUUAUAAUUUGCACAGAUGAGGCCAAGGCUGUGCUACUAGUGAAGGAGACAAAAUAAUGUUUGAACGUUGACUUCUGAAAUGAAUUUGGAACAACAUUAAAUAGUAUUAUUCUUUAUAAAAAUUCAGGAAGUUUACUCUGUGCCUGCAAACUCCAAAAUCCACGGCUCCAAACACGGACAUUUCUAGGAAUGCCUAGGACUUACAGUUCUCAAGAAGUAAGAACCUAAGCUUCCAAAGAUCUUUCAAACCUGGUCUUAAAAAAGAAUCAGAUUCUAUGGAUGUUGUCCACAGAUUGUGCAAUGCAGAAAUUUUUCCAUGUACUUUCAAUAAUAUUUCUCACAGUUUUAAUCGAACUCUUGUUAGUUUAUCUUCAGAAUGUCCAUAUUCUUGAAAGGUAUCGUGCGUAUUUACAUAAAACAAAAGCAUUGUGUUUGAAAUUCAGAACACUUAUAGUUAUAGCUUGUGGUAUUUCUUAAACCAGUGGUGAUCAACGCCAGGGAGGGUAAUGAAGAGGGAAUGGAUAGAUCACUCCAGAUAUACCCAGUGCAAUGCUCUCCCUCUAAAGCAUCCACUCCUGCUACUGCUGGAGACAGGAUACUAAGCUAGAUGGACCAUUUUUAUGACCUGGUAUGGCACUACUUAUGUUCUCUUAUGUUCUUACUUGCAUAAAGUUAUGACUCCUCUGUUAGCUUCUAGUGAAACUAGCUGCUGCAAAUUGAACAUAUUUUGUGCCUUAAUUCUAACUGUCACUAAUAGGGAGUUUGUGACAGUGUUUUUUCUCCAAGUGCUUCAGAUGCAAAGAAAACCAUAGGGAACUUUUUUCAGACUGUGAGUCUGAGAUCGUUGCAGGAAAUCUGAAUUCUACAAACAAAUUCAGGGAGAAGGAAAUAAACACAUGACUUUGUUUUAAAAAUAAGCAAAAUGAAUCCUUUGUUACUGCACUUCCAUUAGAAAAUUGAGUAGAUAGGCUUGCUCUUGAUGAGUUUGAAGCUGAAAUGAUGAAAGAAAAAUGGUAGAAAUCAUGACACUUCCUUGCUUAGUGUCUAAAAUAGAUCUCUACAAUAAAUUAUUUCCUCCAGAUAGGGCUUCCUAAUCAUACCACCUUCUCCCAUCUCUUGCAUUCCUGGUAAUGCUGGUAAAUGUUUUCAUAGGAGCACCCUCAAAUUUUCUGCACAGAGAGGGGACACUAUUCGUAAAGGGCAUAUCAUUAUCCUCGUGGGCUACUGACACACAUGGGAAACUCCUCAAGGCCUUGU